AUGUAUACUGUUUUUACAAUGACUAAUUUGAAUAAUAAAAAACUAAAGAAUUGCAUGAAGAGUUGCAUCCAGUCUGUUACUUUUCAGACACAACCAGUCACUCCUCACCAACUUUCUCUCCACCCACUUUCCUCCCUCACUCGCCCCUCUUACUUUUCUCGACACAUCGCCAAUCAAGAGUCAAGUAAAAGUACAGUGAAGUUCAGUCUAUUGCUGCUCACCAAAAUGCCUCGGAGUCCAGUUUUUGUUCUGUCUUGCCUUAUCACCUUUCUCAUCCUUGCACUUUCAUGUGUCGGCGAAAGUGCAGAUGACCCUAACUCAGCUGAGGUCAAAGAAGCCGUGCGGCCUGUGUUCAUGCCUGAAUCGGACGCCUCCACCUUUUUCAAACGACGCAGUCGCCGCUCGGUGAGAUACUACGAGCAGCUGGCUGAGCAAAGGGUGUUUCGGGCGAACGCGGAGCGUCGAAGGGAGUACAACGAGGAACAACGCAACGAGUACGAGAACUACGCAGAAGAAGAUCGAACUGGUAAAUUCCUGAACAUGCCACCGGACCAUUUACUAACUACCACAACACAUUGUCUGACUGAUUUCAAAUUUUUCCCCUUUACACAGAGCAACAGGAAAGAACAAGAGAGAAAUACGAGCAAGUCCGAGAGUACAACUAUGACGGUCGUUAUCCUCGAUUUCACUGGUUUCACUGAGCGCCGUUAAAAUUUGCGUUCAAGCUAAAAAUGCUGAUUUAAAAAAAGCAACUGUUUUCAUACAUAUAACGCUUACGGUAAAUAAAUCUAACACCAUGUAAAGCAUGCUUGUUUAACUCCUUUUUAUUUACGAGCUUCAUAAAAGGUUACACUUCGCCGGCGGCAUUUAGUUCAAUCUAUACAUUCGCAAUGCACUUGUUUUUCUCCGAGGGAAACCGGUGGUUCCAGUGGACUUUCAUGUAUUGCCGGUCGAGUUCCCUGGAUAAUUUGCGCCGUUGAUGUGUUUAACACACGACAGCACUGUCUGGAAUUUAGAGUAUUCAAAUGGAAUUGGGGGUGGGAUGGAAUAAUAGCAAAGAGGAGGUUGCAUCAAGCUGAAAUCAUUUCCAGAGUGGAAAAGAAGGAGAAAUGCCAAAAUGCAGUGUAAUUGCUAUGCGUUGAUGUUGUCCUAUUAAACAGUACUGAUACCACCUGAGAGUUCAAGGUUGGCGUGAGCCCCAGCACCUGGAGAGGAUUAAGGAGUUUUUUUGUUUUGAGAUGAAGAUCACGUUUCAUGUACUUUUAGAGGGGAAAUGAUUAACUUAGCAGCCGGUAUUGAAUAGCAAAAACUGAAAGAACACAUUUGAAUGUAGGAGUGUGACAAAAUAUCGAAAUGGUGAUAUAUCGUGAUACUUUGUAUCCCAAAAGGUUAUCGAUAUGCUGUUGCUAAGAAUCGAGAUAUCAUUUUGAAAAGGUGUCAAUGUCUAAAAAAAAAAAAAAAGUUAAAAAUGACCAACAAGAUAUUACCAAAAUUUCCCACCAUAAUAGUGUCUAGAGGUGUGCAAAAUUUCCGAUUCUUAGAUUAUUCGCGAUUCGGCCGUGGAAGUUUCGAGAACAAUUCACAAACAUCCAAAUUCCGAUUAUUGAAAUAUGCCAAGUAAAGCGAAAGUCCAACACACUCAGCGCGCCGCGCGGUCUUCGGCACAAUGAAGAACGGCGCGAGAGUAGCUAAACAUCAUGCUUCUCAUUACCCGGCCCCUCGGUUAAUGCCAAUGCUCAACUCACGGCUCUCGCUCAACUCAUGCUACGAGAUAAAAAACACAACAACAUACCUGACUGCUGCCGAAAAGCUGCUACAAAGUACAUCCACAUAAUGUUACGGUAGAUAUCAUUUAUAUAGGACUAGAUGCAUUAUAGAUUCGAUAGCGUUAGCAGCACAUCUACAAAAAGCUAGAUGCGGGCGUUCGUAAACGGCCACCAUCUUAAAGCAGUACACUUCCCUGCGAGGGUGUUGUAGCGAACCU